CAUUCAGCGACUUAUUAUACAUUAUAUGUAUAGGUGCCAUGUGCACUCUAUCCACGUGGGUUUAGUAUUGAAAGUUUAAUGUGCCUUCGUAUAACCUGUAAUGUAAAAUGGAUAGUAAUUGUGAUUUAAUUAAAACAAUCGAAGACGAUCAAGAAGUAACAGAUUUUUCUGAUAAUUCUGAUACGGAAGACGAUUUUCAGCCCCGAAAACAGAAGAAAAAGCAAAAGAAGGAUUUUGAUAGCAACUUUCAAUUCGUAAAUGACAUAUCUGAAUAUAAUAAGGACACAUGGAAUGAUUUGAGCAAAUAUAUUAAACGAAAAGCGAAAACAAAACUUGAUGAUAAAAUCAAAAAGAUUAGGAAAGGAUCGGAGAAUGAAAAUGAAAUCAAUGAUUCCAUUAUAGAUUCAUCCGAAAUUAAAAUAGAAGACGAUGAAAUUUCUUUAUCGGAAGAUGAACUUAAAAAAGAUAUAUUUAAGACAAAAGAAAGGAAGAAUAAGAAGAAAAAGACUGCCUAUGAAAAUGAGGAAGAAGCCAUUAACUUUGAGGAGUAUUCGAGUUCAGAACCAUACGCAACAUUUUACCAAAUGAAUUUGUCGCGUCCUUUAUUGAAAGCCAUAACAGCUAUGAAUUUUGUACACCCAACACCCAUUCAAGCUGCUACUAUUCCUGUUGCAUUAAUGGGUCGUGACAUAUGUGGCUGUGCUGCUACUGGUACUGGUAAAACUGCAGCUUACAUGCUACCAACUCUAGAGAGGUUACUGUAUAGACCUUUGGAUGGUCCUGCUAUUUCCCGAGUUCUUGUACUCGUACCAACGAGAGAACUUGGUGUCCAAGUGUAUCAAGUUACAAAACAAUUAUCUCAGUUUACAACAGUUGAAGUAGGAUUAUCUGUUGGUGGCUUAGAUGUGAAAGUUCAAGAAACUGUAUUAAGGAAGAACCCAGAUAUUGUAAUAGCUACGCCUGGCAGAUUAAUUGAUCAUUUAAAAAAUACACCCACAUUCUCGUUAGACAGUAUCGAAGUACUCAUUUUAGAUGAAGCGGACAGGAUGUUAGACGAGUACUUUGCAGAACAAAUGAAAUAUAUAGUGCAACAAUGCUCUAGAAGUAGACAAACGAUUUUAUUUUCUGCUACCAUGACCGAAGAAGUAAAAGACUUGGCUACCGUGUCUCUUGAUAAACCUGUGAAAGUAUUUGUAGAUAGUAAUCAAGAUGUUGCCUUUAAUUUACGCCAGGAAUUUAUUCGAAUACGAAAAGAAAGGGAAGGAGAUCGCGAGGCAAUUUUAGCUGCUUUAAUUUGUAGAACUUUUCACGAUCAUGCUAUGGUUUUUGUUCAAACAAAGAAACAAGCUCAUAGACUUCAUAUUCUAUUAGGAUUGUUGGGUGUGAAGGUUGGAGAACUUCAUGGUAAUCUCACACAACCUCAACGUUUAGAAAAUUUACGAAAAUUUAAAGACGAAGAAAUAGAUAUCUUACUAGCAACAGAUGUUGCUGCAAGAGGUUUAGACAUAAGUGGUGUUAAAACUGUAAUUAAUUUCGUUAUGCCAGCUACCAUGCAACAUUAUAUUCAUAGAGUUGGUCGAACAGCUAGAGCCGGUCGUGUUGGAGUGUCAGUAUCAUUGGCUGGUGAGCAAGAACGUUCGUUGGUUAAAGAGAUUAUUAAAAAUGCAAAAAAUCCAGUAAAAAAUCGAAUAAUACCUCCCGAUAUAAUCGAAAAAUAUAACAAAAAAUUACAAUCUCUUGAAGCUGACGUGGAGAACAUAUUGGAAGAAGAAAGAAAUGAAAGAGAAUUAGCCAAAAUAGAAAAUCAAGCAAAUCGCGUCGAGAAAUUACUUAAAAAUGAAAGUGAUAAAGGCGAGCAAAGAAGCUGGUUCCAAACUCAAAAGGAAAGGAAAGAAGAAAAGGAGAAACUAUCAUUAGUAGAAAAACAACCAAAAAAUAAAGAGAAGAAAAUCAGACAUAUAGGGCCUCCGAAAAUCGGCGAAGAGAAGAAAAAGAAAGUAUCAAAGGAUCUUAAAAAAGAAACUGCAGAAGACAGAGCAGUGAAAGAAUUAGAAAAAAUUGCGGCGUUUCAAGCAAGAUUAGCUAAAAAGAAAAAUAAACAAAAGAAAAUUCGAACAGUCAUGGAUGAUGAUAGAUCUUUAGCUAAUAGAAAAACGUCGAUAAAACGACCGAAGUCUUCGUUUGCUGCCGAUUUAACUGAUACGAGUAAGAAAGCUGUGAAAAGAAUGCGUUACGAAGCAAACACAAAACAAAAUCAAAAUAAAAGGAAAGGUGCACAGAAUUUCAGCAUAGGGAAGAAGGAUAAUAGAAAAGCUUUUAGAAAACGUUAAGAUUAAUUUGUAUAUCUGUAACUACCUAAAUGUUAUUAAAUACAUACGAUUUUA